GCGACAGCGGGCGCUGUAGGUACUCCGAUCCGCGGGAGGCGCCGCCUCUCUGCGGGUUCAGGAUGAUCCUGCGGCCGCGGCUGCCUUGUCGCGGGAUGAAAGGCCGAGGUUGCGGCAGUGUGGAUUCCCGGCGCUGAGUGCGAGUCCCGCCGUGAGUUUGAAUGAAGUUGAUGAAGGAGUCUGCGUUAUUGUAAGAACUCUGUGGAAGAUUCUGAGAAUGCUAUUGGUUGCAACAUCCAGUUGUUUUUGACUAUGACGUAAAAGACAUUGUUUCAGAUAAUCCAUUUCGUGCUUGAUAGUAGUCAUUGUUUCAAAAUAACAACAAAGGAAAAGGGCCCGAAGCAAAAGUUUGGGCACCCUGCAUGAACACUGAUUUGGUGAAGGCUUCUUAGCCUGUUAAUGCAUAGAGUAAAGAAAAUUAAACUUGAAGAUACGUCAGAAAGUUGUAAAAGGGAAGUGCUUAUGUGAAGAUUUCCUGUACUUAAAAUCUCCCUGAUAAUCAUCUGCUGAGAAACUGAAAGAAACAUCGAACAGCUGAUUGUCAACGUGGUUUCAGUACAUCAAACGAAAGUUGCACAUUCGCCUUAUUUGCUAGAUGGCAACACAGUGAGGAACUUGGUCCUGGCACUAAGAACAAUAAUUUUAUAUGCUGUGUAGCAACGGUUGAGGAGAUGGCCACAGUAGAAACACUGUCCGAAAACACAGUAGCAGAAGAUAUGGAAGAUGAAUCCACACCGUUCUACGUUGAGAAGCACUCUUGGGAUGGACUCAGAGAGAUUAUCCACAGCAGCAGGAAGUAUCCUGGCAUUGUCAUUAACAAAGCACCUCAUGAUUUCCAGUUCAUUCCAAAAAAUGAUAAAUCUGGGCACCAUUCCCAUCGUGUGUAUUACUUGGGGAUGCCUUAUGGGAGUAGAGAGAACUCUCUUUUGUAUUCUGAAAUCCCAAAAAAGGUCAGGAAGGAUGCCUUAUUGCUGCUGUCUUGGAAACAAAUGCUUGAUCAUUUUCAGGCCACGCCACACCACGGGAUGUACUCGCGUGAAGAGGAGCUUCUGCGUGAAAGGAAGCGCCUUGGAACAUUUGGCAUUACCUCAUACGACUACCACAGGGAUAGUGGGCUUUUCCUCUUCCAAGCUAAUAAUAGUCUUUUUUAUUGCAAGGAUGGCGGGAAAAAUGGAUUUAAUAUAUCGCCAAUGAAGCCAGUCGAGAUCAAGACGCAAUGUUCAGGACCUCGAAUGGAUCCCAAGAUAUGUCCAGAAGAUCCAUCUUUCAUUUCAUUUAUAAAUAAUAAUGAUUUGUGGAUAUCAAACAUUGUAACUGGAGAAGAGAAACGAUUGACAUUUUGCCAUAAAGGUUUGCCUAAUGUAAUAGAUGAUCCCAAAUCUGCGGGAGUAGCAACUUUUGUAAUACAGGAAGAAUUUGACAGGUUUACAGGUUACUGGUGGUGUCCUACAGGAAAUGAAGAUUCAGAUGGUGUGAGAACUUAUUAUCUGUUGUAUGAAGAAGUAGAUGAAUCAGAAGUUGAGAUCAUUCAUGUCCCAUCUCCUGCAUUGGAAGAGAGGAAAGCUGAUGCAUAUAGAUACCCAAGAACAGGGAGCAAGAAUCCCAAGAUUACCCUUAAAUUAUCUGAGUUCAAAACAGACAGCCAUGGGGCGAUCCUGAGUACACAAGAUAAAGAGCUGGCUCAGCCAUUUGAAAUUCUUUUUCCUGGCAUUGAGUACAUAGCGCGGGCUGGAUGGACAAAAGAUGGAAAUUUUGCCUGGGCAGUGUUACUAGAUCGCCCUCAACAAAGACUCCAUUUAGUACUGAUCCCAACUUUAUUAUUUAUUCCGUUAACCAAGGAUGAAAAUGAACGGAUUAAGUUUUUGGAGGCUGUACCAGAAAAUGUUCAUCCACACAUUAUUUAUGAAGAAAUCACUGAGAUUUGGAUAAAUGUGCAUGACAUAUUUUAUCCCUUUGUACAAACUAGAGAUGAUGAACUGACUUUUAUUUGGGCAAAUGAAUCACAGACUGGAUUCUGCCAUUUAUAUAGAAUGACAUCAGUUUUGAAACAAGGCUGCUACCAGUGGGCAAAGCAAUUUAGUCCAGGUCCAGAUGAUUUUAAAUGCCCAAUCAAAGAGGAGGUUGCACUAACUAGUGGUGAAUGGGAGGUGCUUGCAAGGCAUGGCUCAAGGAUCUGGGUGAAUGAGGCCACAAAGUUAGUUUAUUUCCAAGCUACGAAGGACACUCCAUUAGAGCAUCAUCUCUAUGUGGUAAAUUAUGAAUCUCCAGGGGAAAUAGUUCAACUAACGAAAGCUGGCUUCUCACAUAGCUGCUCAGUGAGUCAGAACUUUGACAUGUUCAUCAGCCAUUACAGUAAUGUCAGCACUCCUCCCUGUGUCCACGUAUACAGACUGACAGGCCCGGAGGAAGACCACCUGCACAAGGAGCCAGAAUUCUGUGCCAGUAUGAUGGAGGCUUCAGGUUGCCCCCCUGAUUAUGUGCCACCUGAAAUUUUCAGCUUCCAUAGUAAAUCUGGAUUUGAGCUGUAUGGCAUGCUUUAUAAACCUCACAACCUGCAGCCAGCCCACAAGCACCCCACAGUCCUUUUUGUUUAUGGAGGGCCACAGGUACAGCUGGUGAACAACUCAUUUAAGGGAAUAAAGUAUUUGAGGUUGAAUACACUAGCAUCACUUGGCUAUGCAGUAGUGGUGAUCGAUGGCAGGGGAUCUUGCCAGCGUGGUCUUUUGUUCGAAGGUUCCCUCAAAAACAAAAUGGGCCAGGUAGAGAUUGAAGAUCAGGUGGAGGGAUUACAGUGGGUGGCAGAGAAGUAUGGCUUCAUUGAUCUAAACAGAGUUGCCGUCCAUGGUUGGUCGUAUGGAGGUUUUCUCUCCCUCAUGGGUUUGAUACACAAGCCUAAAGUCUUCAAGAUUGCCAUAGCUGGUGCCCCAGUCACAGUCUGGAUGGCCUACGACACUGGUUACACAGAGCGUUACAUGGACAUCCCAGAAAAUAAUCAACAGGGUUAUGAAGCUGGUUCAGUGGCGCUACAUGUUGAUAAACUACCAAAUGAGCCCAAUCGUUUGUUGAUCCUGCAUGGAUUUUUAGAUGAAAAUGUGCACUUUUUCCACACAAAUUUCCUAGUCUCACAAUUAAUUAGAGCUGGAAAGCCAUAUCAGCUUCAGAUUUAUCCUAAUGAGAGACACAGUAUUCGCUGCCCUGAGUCUGGAGAGCACUAUGAGAUAAUGCUGCUGCACUUCCUACAGGAGUACCUCUGAGAAAAAAAAAAUCAACAGUUAAGAAACACGAGAAAUGAUUUUAGACCAUUGCUGAUAUUCAGUCCCUGGUGACUUGCUUUGACAAACAGGAUAUUUGCCAACCUCACAGUCUCCCCAGAAAUCUUCAGUCCUAACCAGUUUAACAUUUUUCUUUAUGACUUUGUUUCUGAGCAAGGGGAAAUACUGAAUUUGGUUUUAAACUGUGAUUUAAUAUGACUUGCUAGCCUGAAAUUACUUGGUUAAAUGUACAUAAAUGUUAACAAUACGGUUUGGAAUUGGAGUUGACUCACCUAAUUGUAUAUUGGCAUUGAAUACAGCUUUUUUUUUACAUGCCUUAAACUCCACGAUGGUUGGAAAUGAGCAAAAAUAUGAAGUAACUUCAAAAGACUUGUCCAAGCCUGCUGUUGGGAAUUUGAUGUACUUUGUCCUUUGGCUGUUCAGGUUAGCAGCCUCAUUUCUGAAAUUCAUCCCCAUAGGAACUUAGUCUCACAUUGCCAUUUAGUGUAAGACUUGUUUUUAACCUCUGCAAGCUACACCACCCAGGGAGUGUGUUUCAGGGCAGGAACCAACUACAACUUUACUGAGUAUUCAAAAUGUGUAUCAAAAGAAAAUAUUUUUAUGAAUUCUUAUUCUUUUAUAAUGAGUGUAUGGCAUUGUAACUCAUUAAAUAAUUGUAUCACUUAAUUUAAUCUGCAUUGA